GUAGGCUACAGUAUUUUGUCAGGGUAACUUCAUUUCUAACCAAUGCGCGAUUUGGACAGAUGCUCAACCUAUCUACCGGCAGACCACGGAGGCCUAUCGGAAAUUGUAAUAAAAACUGUGGAUGACCUACUUCUGUGUUAAAGAACCAGAAGCAAGCAUGUCAGAAUGGCUGAACUAAGCCAAACAAAGAAUGAAGAGGAGGGGGGGCUGUCUGAACUGUCAACUGAUGUUGAGAAUUGGAGCAUGUUGGAUGUGAGACGUUGGGCUGUGAAUGGAGCACGUGUUGAAGCUGACAGUGCCGAUAUUUUGCUUCAGCAGAAAAUUAAUGGCGCCAGUCUUUUACUUUUAGAUAAAUCUGAAUUAUCUGACUUGUUGGGACUAGGGCCAGCCAAACUUAUCAUUCAUGCAAGAGAUGAACUUUUAAAACAAAAAAAAGAGCAGCCAUUAAACCCAGUCAGUCAGUAUGGAAGACAAUGCAAGCCAUAUCCUUUUCAUCGACACCAUGAUGCCUGCAGAUACAAGGUGAACAGUAUUCUCGAUGUAACAGAAUCCGGGGCAUCUGACUAUAUAGAACCAUGUCAUGAGUACAAAGCAUACAUUAAUACUCAAGCUAUUCCUGUGGAAAACAAAUUUCAAAAGUUCACUGAUGAGGUCAUUCGAUUUGCAUCUGCCUGCAUGAAUAGCCGUACUAAUGGCACCAUACAUUUUGGAAUAGGAGAUAAGCCAGAGUUUGAACACGGACAAGUUUUGGGAGUUGAACUCCAGGAUAAGGAAGGAUAUGACAAUGCUUUAAAAUGUGCUAUUGAGGGUCAUUUUGAGCAUAAACAUAUCCGGGCUGCCAGAAUGUGUAUCAAACCAAGCAGAUUUGUAGAGGUUCUCAAUCUUGAUACAACAACAGCUGAAAAGUAUGUCAUAGAAGUGGACAUAGUACCAGAUUCUGUAAUCUGUGAAGAGAACAUUUACCAUAUAUACAACGAGAAGAAAGCCAAAAAGACCAAACACAAGGAAAUGAACAAAGAAGAAAUGAAAAAGCAAUCAAAACACUUUUUUGUCCGAGAUGGUAGUAGCAGCAGGAAUCUCCGUGCACCAACCAGCCAUGCCAAGCCUAUGGAGGAGUACAAAAGAUUUGUGGACAAUGUGAAACAGCUGUCACAAUUAAGAAAGGAAGCAGAGGAAAAGCACCUCAGCAUUGUUAAAAGCAGUGUUCAGGGCUCCAGGCUAAGUGAGAUGAUAACAGGUGGAUCACAAUCUUUAGACAAAACCCACUUCCAAUAUUAUGUGAUCGUGACCAACAAAUCACAUCCAAUUCAGUUGGCAUCCCUGGAUUUCCUUCCUGGACUCAAUCCCAUUGCAGUUUUAGACUUUGACCCAGAAUCAGCAAAAUGUGGACUUAAAAAGCACUUUGAAGAGCAAAUUGCAAUGAAUGUGCAUUUACCAGAGCGCUAUAAAAUCACAGAUUCGAUAGAAGACAUUGUAAGCAAGUUGAAACUGUCCAAAAACACCAGCUGGGUUUUCUGCAAUGGAGUUGUUGAUAAAGAGUUGCCUUCAGAAAUAUGUGACUGGUUGAUAAAGAAGGGAGCAUCUGUUCGCGAUGUGAUUUCCUUCCUCUGCCGGAAAGAUGUACUACCACACAAAAAGUUCCUAGUCAUCUUCUUAUUGUUAUCUACUGUCAGUGAUAAAAUGGAUCCCCUGCUUGAGACCUUCAGCACUUUCUUGCAGCAACUCGAAGGAACAGAGCAAAUCCUUUGCAUCUGUGAAAAUGAAAAUGCAUUCAACUGCUGGAGGGAACUAAUUGAAGCUCGCUAUGGAUGCAACAUUUCAGCCAGAUGCAUAUAUGAGCUCAGUUUAGCAGAAAUCAAUGGCACUAUGCUCAGUCUGUGGUCCGUAAAUCGUAAGUCCAAACGUUUCCUACCCGGUGCAGGAGGCAGCAAAGUUCUGCUAGAAAAGAAAGUGGAGGGCAGCCUGGACACCCUGAAUGUUCUCUGUGUGAACCAGUGUGAAGGUGGAAGUGAAGACAAGGCCGACAUAGAAGAGAGGUUCUACAAAGGAGGGGAGGUAUCAUGGUGGAACUUCUUCUUCUCUGAGCAACCAGGAUCUAUGCCAUUUAUUAAACGGGACAAGUUUAUCUACAUCAUGAACACAAUCAUACCAUCUUUGAGGUCAUUGAGAAAGGCAUGUGUGUCCUUCCACCUCAGGCACAUCGCAGGUUGUGGAGGAACAACCCUUGCUAUGCACAUAUUGUGGGCCCUGAAAGAUGAAUUCCGUUGUGCAGUUUUAAAAGACAGAGAUGUUGAUUUUGAUGAGGUUGCCCACCAGGUCGUUGACCUUCUGAAGCAUGACACAACAGAAGAGACAUCUCUGCUUCCUGUGUUGCUGAUGGUUGAUGAUUUUGAGGAGAUGGAUGAUGUCUUUGAUUUACAGCAACACAUAGAUAAAGAGUGUGUGAAGAGAAAUAUAUGUGCCAGAUCCCCACAGGUCUUUCUACUCAAUUGCAUGAGAGCAGAGGCUUUGGAAGAAAGGGAAACAACAGAAGACUCAGUGUUCAUUGGGAAUGAGCUCUCUUCUACAGAGCAGGGGCAGUUUGAGAAGAAACUGGAAGAGAUGGAAAAAUCCUACCAGAAUACAGAAACAUUCUAUGGGUUUAUGUUCAUGAAGAAGAACUUUUCACCAAAUUACAUGCAGGGUGUGGCUCAGAAAACUUUGAAAAGCUUCAACAUUGAGCAUAAAAAUGCACAGCUGAUUGCUGUUUUGGUCCUUCUGAAUGAAUACUGCAAGGGUGCAACGCUCGCUGUCUCUUUGUGUGAAGAGUUUCUUGGCCUUCAGACAAAGCCAUGUUGUGGUUCCAGCAGAGUUGAAGAUGGAUUUGGAAAGUUUUCACCCCUGCUAAUGCGAUGUACUGAUGAGGCCAAGGUUAUAUUCAGUGGAAUCAGGAUGAUCCACUCAAGCAUGUCUUUUCACUGUUUGCAGGAACUAACAACCACAUAUAAUGUCACCAAAGCGGAGAUAACCAAUCUUUUGCUCAACACAGACACGUUUUAUGAGUGCAUACAAGGUAAAGGCAGACUCCUCACAAAUGUUCACAAUAUGUUGGUCAAGAGAUGUCACUCAAAAGGCACAGCAUCUCAGUUUUCACCACUCAUCCAGGAUAUUGAAAAAGAGUCACCUGGAGCAGAGGAAACUGUGUUAUUCAACGCUGCUAAACGCUUUGAAAAAGAUGCCAUCAUCUCGCAGCUUCUUGCCAGGUACCAAUACAUAAAGAGGAAGGAUUUCAGGGAAGCCAAAGAGUGGGCACGUAAAGCAAAGGAUCUCUCUAGAGGUAACUCCUAUAUUCAUGAUACUUCUGCACAAAUCAUCAAAUCAGAGCUGACUACUGCACUAACAAAUAACAAGGAUUCACCAAUAACAACUGAUAACUUGAGAGAUUAUCUCAAAAUGGCCUCUUUAGCAACAGAAGCUUUCAAAGAAACAUAUGAAAUUGCCAAAAAGGAAGCCACUCUCCGGCUCCAAAACAAAAGAAAUAACAACACUUUCAACACAGUAGGGUGCCUUGGAGAAAUCCAGGUUGCAGUACUUAUCAUCGAAAUACUGGAAAGAACACCUGUGUUUUCAUCAGGAGACGUCCGUCAUGACAUACUGAGUGAGGUUCUCUCAGACAACAUUCCAAUUCAAAAAAUAAUCGAAAACGAUCGAUUGCGUCACAAACACAUGAACUAUUACCAUGUUCUAGUUGAGUUCAAGGAUCUACUGUACAAUCUCAGAUACAGAAUGAAGAAGCACUUUGAUUUUCUUGACAGCUUUUAUGUCCAUUUGGGUUCCAGAUUUACAAUCAAAGACCAGAAAGAGGAACGAACCAGGCAGGAGCUCUUCAAGUGUUUUCAUACGUAUGUCAAGCUCUUCUGCAAGACAGAUUCCGCAGAGUUGCUGAAAAAUACAAACAUGGGUGUCAUGCUUCAAGUUCACAAAACAAGACAGUUUUUGGAGAAGAAAAAAGCUGAUUCUUACUCUGGAAUCCUGGGCUGCCUCUCUGAUAAUAUUGCUGUUGACAUGGAGACGAUAGUCAGAAAGUAUGCUUUCAUCUUAAAAAAUUGUUCUGGAACAAGUGUCAAAGAGAGGGUCAACUUUUUUUAUGCUAAUGUUGCGCUUAGCUGUGUCAAACCCCAGUCUCGGGACCUUAAACCUUAUAACCAGCUGCUUGAUGGCCUUUGUCAAGUUCUUCAGGGACAGAUUCCAUCAAAUGACAUAUUGCCGUUGCACUUCAUUGCAGUUGCACUUUUAUGGCCCCUGAAUAUUCCAAUGGCACAACCCGCAGCAUCAGAAAAGUUGAAGUCGUACAUAUCCCAGAUGAGAACAUCAUUCCAUAACGAGAUGAAAUCAGUGUACAAUGGUAAGAGGCCUGUCGUACAUUUCUUUUUGGGAGAGAAGCCGGGUUAUAACCGUUUAAUACACCGACGUGAAAUUGAAAAAUGUGCUAGGAAGGGACAGGACAACUUUGCUUCCCUUUGGGAAAAUGGCAAGAUAUGGAAACAGGAGGAUGUCAAGCAGCUUCUCUGUAGAGUAACAGGAGAGGUGCAGAGGAACGUCAUCCUGGCAGAUAUCAGGAACACAGACAUGAAAAUUGAAGUAACUCCCAUCUUCAGAAGCCAGAUUAGUGGGCAGAAAGAGGGGAACAAAGUGUCCUUUUAUAUUGGUUUCUCCAUGAAAGGUCCACUAGCUUUUGACAUCCAGUGAUGUCAGGGACAAAUACUACGAGUAACUAAAGGAUCAUUCAGGAAAAAAAACUGAAGUUCAGACCAGAAGUUCUCAGAAAAAAGUCUUAAGCAAGUUUAUCUAAGAGGAUUUUUUUUAUUUGUAUGUUUUUACAUUUUAUUUCACAUCCCUGAGGUGAAGCCUUAAAAAUGUCUUGAUGUGUUAUUAAUGUUCACUGUUUCUUCAACCAUCACCAGUAAUCAAUCAAUGGGCUAAUAGCCUGCUGUUGUUAUGUUUUUUUUACUAAGGUUAUGAUUAUAUUUCUGCAGUUUUCCAUAAGAAGACAUUGAUCCAUCAUAAUGUGUGUACUGAUAUUUCGGAACUUACUAUCUGUCCUAUGAGAACAGUCUUUGCAUUUGUAUUAUUAAGUUGAACACUGCAGUUUCCUUUUCUGAACCAGAUAUUUGCACUGUUACAAAGACAAGCAUUUGAUGUUGUACCAUGUGAUGAAAACAGCAAUGUCAUUUAUUAAUUCACUAUUUGUUAUAAGACAACAAAGCACUUGGAGUUGAUCCAGAUGAAUUAACAAUGAUUUAUAUUAAGAUAAUGUGUAUUAAAGACUUCUUAAA